UUUGUGGGGCACUCAACCGUUAAAAACGAUUUUGUCGAAGAAGAGAACCCAAUGGCUACUCAGAACUGUGCUCAUACUUUUGGAGUAUUGUGGCAGCGAGCUAAGGAACUACUGAAGAGGGAGGAUUAUGAUCGACUUAAAACUGCGAUUAAAACUUUCUCCAAGACACGAUCGGUGGAGGGAUUGUGUUCGGAUCUUCUAGAGAUUGUCAAUUCACGUUCAAAAGUUGAUAUUCUUGUAGAAGUCAGGCGAUGUCUUCCAGAAAAUCUGCGGAAUAAGUUUACCCGACAAUUCAAUGAGCUACUUGAAGCCGAAGUCAAACGAGAAGGAGAAGACUUUGGAAAAAAGAGGAAGGUAGUAAUCAAGGAAGGAGAAAACACUAUGCCAAAUUUUCAAGGAAGCCCCGCCAAGAAGACCAGGCCAGUAAAGGAAAAGCCACGGAGAUCUAAAGAAGAGAAAAUAAUCUCCAUAGGGCCUGUUUGCUCAAAAGAAUCUACUAGUUUGGGUAUUGAAGCUCAAAAAGCUGCCUUGACCGAUGCUGUUGACUCUGACCAAGAAAGAAAAAUUAUCGUUCUUGAAAGGAGAUCCUUGAAUCAUGGAUUUGGUUUUAAGAUUCAAGGUGGAACGUGUCAUCGCCCUUCCAUAACCGUAGCUCAAGUGACAAAACAUUCGCUUGCUGAUAAGCAAGGAUUGAAAACAGGCGAUAAGAUUAUUCGAGUUAAUAACCAGCGCUGUGGAAAAAGAAAUCUGGUUGACAUAACCCAAAUUAUUGUAAAUUUAAUCAAAGCAUCAAAGACGCUUCAUAUGAGGAUCAUACCUGCUGGAGAUGUCUCCGAUAAAGAAUGUAAAGUUCGCGAUAAGCCUGAACCAGCUGCUAGAGUAGUGGAAAAAAAAUUGUCAACAGUCUCUGUUCAUGCCGAUGAAGAUGGUUGGUUAGGCUGUUGUAUAAGGGGUGGCACCGAUUAUGGCUGUGAUGUACUUGUCAUCUCGGUUGAUAACCAUUCUCCUGCACAAAGGGCUGGGUUAAAGACAGGAGAUGUGAUAGUCAAGGUGAAAGGAAUCAGGACAAAGGACUUGACACAUGUUCAAGUGGUAAGACUUGUUAUUUUGUCUGGUCCUUGCAUCACAUUUUCUGUGAGGUCAGGUUAUAAACAAAAGAAGAGCCUCUGGCCCGAGCUUGUUCGAGUGGACGCUACCCCACUGCAAACCCAGUGUGGUGGGCACCAUAACAUUACUCCCCCAGGGAGCCCAACCUCUAGAGGGCUUCAUCCUUCAGGUUAUCAAAGGAAACCCUGUGGUGCAGUAGUUGACUCACCCUCUCAACUUCCUUUGGAUGUCAUGAAUCUAAAUUGUAUGCCACCCCCACCCUACACUCCUGAGGUGCCACUGAGGCACAGGGUGUUAGCAAGAGGGGAGGAGGGGGAAGAAGAAAUCGAUGGGCAGGUACAACAUGGUUUCAUACAAGAGCCACAGGUAACCCAGGAUCAACAGGUAACCCAGGACCAAUGUUUACCACUGGAUAUUAAUCAUCAGCAAGAAAAAUCAGGGGUGUUUCAACUACAAAUACAAAACACUUUUAUUGAACAAGACAAAGUGAAUAACAGAAAUGAAACAGGCUUAAAUGGAAAUAAAGAUAAUAUACCUCAAGAGAGUAGGGUUGUAGAAAAGGAUUGUGUACCUGGCCCUGCAAUUCUCUUUCCGGAAGAAAUUGUAAUGUCAUCGAUGGAGAAAGAAGCUUUAAUUGAUGACUCUGAAAGAGAAAUGUCAACAAUGCUGGAGCUCCCACCUUCACUACCACCAUUGCCGCCACUUGGGAGUGACAACAGGUUUCCUCGUGCUAGCCAAUCACCAGUCCCAGGUAAUGGAAGAGAAUCCUUUCUCAGCCAGAUAAGACAGUUUGAUGAAACAAUUUUGAAGAAACCCUUUGUAAAUUCUGAGGUUAUCGACUAUAAUCAGUUUCAAAGGAUUUCCAAUAAAAGUGAUCCUGAAGCAGAUGACCGGAUACAAAUCACAAAGGAUGAAAAGAACAGUUCACAGGGUAAUGGUGUACAAGAAAAAGGAGACCCCAUGGACUUACUAUCUGUGCUUCGUCAAGCAAUGAAACACAGAGCCAAAGUACUACAUGAUACUUUGACAGAUGAAGGCAGGGGUAGUGAUGAUAAUGAUGAUGAUGAAAACUAAAAUUGAUGACAGUGAUAAUGAGUGGGAACUGUAAAUUGCCAAAGUACCAUGUACAUGUGUUACGUUAACAGAUGAAGACAUUGGUAUUGAUGAUAAUAUGAUAAUUAAUAAUGACUUUGAUGACAAUGAUAAUGAGAGUGAGUGGGAACUGUACAAAGCCAUUUUGAUUUCUCAUGUUUUCCCUGAAUAAUAAAGCUGGUAGCUUUGAAAUGGAGGUUUUGUGGUAUCUUGUUUGUAGCCAAAUUGUCGCUGAUGUUUAUUGUACACGCAGAAUCAUUAUGUUUUGAAAAGAAGGAAAUAGAACACACUAAGUAACAAGUGAUAUUUAACGUUUAAUGAUUCAAUAAAUGGCAUUUUAAUACAAGAAAUUCACAGCUGCCGCAGCUGUACUUACUUUUAAAAUGCAUGGUAGUUCUAAAUGUCUUUGUUAUUAAAAUUAAUGCAUGCCAUCAUUAUGGCACAUCACACAAAAAAAUAUAAAAGUCUCAGUGAUUAUAUGGUGCAUAUUUCUAAAUGUAUUUUUAACUCGUUAUACAUUUUAGAACUAGUAACAUGUGAUAGAUAUACAUUUAGUUAAUAUUAAUACAAGAUAACUCAUUAAACAGGUCCUGAUUGAAGGGUGAUUAACGAGACCUAAGUAUCCACCUUUCCAACAACUGAGCUUAGAUGUUUUUGAUACAGGAACAACAGCUAUGCUUAAUUUCUCCACUCCUUCAAAUAAUUUCUCCACGUACAAAUAACUUUCAUUUACAUUUUCCAAUUAAUAAUUUCCAUUGUAGUUUACUUUGUAAAUAAGGAAACUGUUCCCUAGAAGUAUUAUUGGAAUGAUUGUGUUAUUUU